AUGGGAUGCAAUUUGAAUUCUUUUCUUAAAGCUCUAAUCUCUUCUGCUACAUUCUCCCACAAAUCUGAUGGAGUACCAGGAGAGAUGGGCGCUAAUGCAAGGGACGGGCCAAGACCAGAAGAUGGAGUCAAUGGACAUCAGGUUUCGAUUCUCUUGUCAACAUUCUUGGUUUGA